UUAAUUCAUGCUUAAAUCUUGACAGUUUAUUAGAACUCAAUAGUAAUUAUUUUCAUUAUAAAAAAUGCAUCAGAUAUCUUCAGAAUACCCAAGUACCUGCCUUUAAUGAUUGUGGAUUCCAUACUCUUAUUUCAGUACCUUUCUAUUGAUGUUUGAUAAGUUCUACCAUAAAUUAUAAAUAUCUCAUAAAUAUACAAGGUGUCAGAGAAAGUGUAACUAUUAUAAAGGCUACAUACAUUUUGAACUCCUAAAGAAAUAAGAAGAUCAGGAUGGCCGUGAAGCAGAUGUUGGUUGAUCACGGCGCGGCCACGGACGCCGCCGGUACCGACGCCCGCCUUCAGCUGCUGCUGCGCCAGCACGAGAUAGCCAGCAGGAAUGGCCACCGCAGGGACGAGAUCUGCAUCAGCAUGGUGAUCGGUCUUGGUACCUGUUCGGUGCCUACUGAAGCGGCCAGCUUCAAGAAGUUCAUCACCGAUCUGCACAAGGUGGAGGACCUGCUGAGGCAGGAGUGCUCCAAUUUGGACCUUCUCUACGCCACCCUGAGGGCUUUGUACAACGAGAUUUCGGACAACAACAAGAACUUGUCUCCAGCCAUGUCUAUUGUCCUUCGGUUGAUCUCAUCUGAAAUGAUUUCUGACGCAGUCAAGUGGAUCCUCAAUUCUGGUUACAAGGAGGUGAAACUAGAGAGAGCGCUUCUCAACCUUUGCCUGUGGCUUACCAAGUGGACAUAUACUCCAAAUCUUAGUCCUCUGGUUGUUUCAUUCAUGGAGGCUUUGGAAGAAGAACAACAUGUGAACAUACUCAUCGAUGUUACUCUAGUCACCAUAGAACCUUUAUUCAAACUCCUGAUCCUUCCGGAUUUCAGGAAAAACGUUGGCCCUGUUGUCUUCCAUAUGUUGGGGAAAGCACACAACACGAUGGAGGUGUACCAAAAAAUAUUUCCGCUAAUAGAUGAAGUAGCUACCUUCUUAGAUAAGGAAAACACCGAAGAUAGUCACUUGUACCUUAAAAAAAUAGCAAAACUCUGCUCCGACCUCAGAGACCACUAUCCAGCUUAUCAGGGUGCUUACCAGAGACUUGAAAUAUUUCUUAGUACACCCGAAAUCACAGAAUGUAAAACUGUGAUAGUGGCUGAUAAAACUUGGGGUCCAAAGGUCAAGAAGAUCUCCAGGAAACCUGGUUUCAAAGUGGGACUUAAUAAUCUCGGAAAUACAUGCUAUUUGAACAGCGUUAUACAGGCUUUGUACAUGACUAAACUGUUCAGGAACAACGUACUGAUGCUCGAUCAUAACGGCAUGCCUUUGUUCCACAACGUUCAAGAUUUGUUUGUGCUGUUGCAGUAUUCGAAUAGGAUGACGCUUUCACCAAAUAGCAUUGUGAGUAUAGCCAGACCUGCUGGGUUCCAAGUAGGUUUUCAACAUGACAGUUCCGAGUUUUUACUACACCUGUUGGACAUUCUGCAUGAGCAGGAAGUGGAGGAAUUGAAGGAAAAGACGAAUGAAGCCACAACCUCGAGUGAAUCCAACAUACUACCGAACACGAUAGUCCAACAAUCGUUCGGUGGCAGGACCAUGACUGUGUUUACUUGUGGCGAGUGCAGCUCGCACAGCGAGAAAAUCGACAACUUUCGAGAGCUGCCGCUGUGUUUCCCCGACGAGGAGGAUGACGGUUACGCAGAGAAGCAUUCGGUAUCCGCCCUGUUGGACCUGUACCUGCGACCGGAGAAGCUGUGCGGUCAGAACCAGUACCAUUGCGACAAGUGCGGUUUGAUGGACGGCGAGAAGGUGACGAGAAUCAUACAGGCGCCCCGCAGAUUGAUAAUGACCCUAAAACACUUCAAAUACGACUUCAGGAUGCAGAGGAAGACUAAACUUUUACACAGAGUGAAAUUGGAAGAGUAUAUUCAACUGAAUGGUGUUGGAUAUGAGUUAUAUGCCGCAGUUGUGCACCAUGGAACCAACGCUGAUCACGGACAUUAUUAUUCCCUUGCUAAGGAAGACGAACAAUGGUAUAAAUUCAACGACAAUAUAGUUAAGAAACUUAGUCAGUCCCACAUUUACGACUUGAAGCCACCAGAAACUCCCUACAUCUUAUUCUACAGAAGUCAAGAAUCAGAAGAACCCCAAAGUAUUGAAGAAUCGGGUUUACCAGUGAGGUUACAAGACAUAGUUCAGAAGGACAUGGAAGAGAAAGAGGAAGAUGAUAAAAGGAGCAGACCAACCUACUUUUACAACACUAGGCAAAAUAAAAAUAAUGACGAUUCGACGCCACCCGGUAGUGGAGAUGGCUUUUCCGAUUCGUCUUCAAACAUGUUCGUGUUUUGAGGUGGGACUGUGGCACAACGUGUAAUAUUUGUAAAUGUUUUAUUGUAAUAUAAAAGUAGGUACACUUUUAGUGAGUUGCGGGUCCUUUGGGGUACUCCCUCUCGAUUGUUUUAUGUUCACCACGGAUACCAGGUGGCUUGUAACUGUGUUUUGGACGUAUUCGUUAUGGGACAUGAAAUUUUCGUUGUAUUUUCAAAAAUAAUAGAAUUUUGAUUGUUUUUUUUAUUUUUCAUUUUGAUUGAAGGAUUCGCUUAUUAUAAAAUUUCGAUAUUUAUUAUUAAAAUUGUACAUAUUAA